CUGGUUCCUCUGGGCUAAGCCGCCGGCGAACCCUGCCCGGCCCGUUGCCUCGGGGGCUGGGACCCCCUCCCUGGAUGUGCCGCGAGCGCUGCGUGUCCCCGGGGGUCCCAAGCGGGGUCUCCCUGGCCAGUGCCCCAGCCCGGCUCCCAUGGGCGCCCCGCCGCCCCCGGAGCAGGGACCGCAUCUCCGGAAGCUCCUCCCCGCGGGGGCUGCCCCCUCCCCGCGGAACGAGGCGACGGUUAUUUAUCGCCGCUGCCGAAGCAGCCCAGUCGGCACCCGCGCAGCCCGGGACGCGUGGGGGCGGUUGGCAGGUCCGCGAGCUCCGCUGCUGCCCCGGCGUUGUGGGAUACCAGGGGAGAGGGAUGUAGCUGUAAAGACCCUCAAGGGGGGAUGGAGUAGAAGCAUAAAGAAGUUUACUUUAUGAAGGCUAAUGAGUGACUCGAGAGAAAGUUCGAAGCGGUGUAACUGCUGGACUGGUUUUACAGAGCUUUUGAAAUGAGAGAGCUACAUCUCUCAUUCCUGUUGGUCAAGUGACGCUAAUGGUGGAAUAAACUGACUUCAGUACAACUGAUCAAUCCAAAUCGCAAGUACAAUAUAAACAAGUGUGAUGUUGAAAUGAGAUGAGGCUCCGAAAUGGAACUGUGGCCACUGUGUUAUUUUUCAUCACUUCUUUUCUCAGUUUGUCCUGGUACACUGCAUGGCAAAAUGGUAAAGAAAAGUUGAUUGCUUAUCAGCGGGAAUUUCAUGCUUUGAAGGAACGUCUUCGUAUUGCUGAGCGUAGAACCCUGCAGCGUUCCUCUGAGCUAAAUGCCAUCUUGGAGCAAUUCAGACGUGCAGUAGCAGAAACAAAUGGAAGUAAGGAUGCAUUAAACAAUUUUUCAGAUGAAACGCUGAAAUUGUUAAAAGAGCUAACAAGCAGAAAAUCUCUUCAAGUGCCAAAUAUCUAUUACCAUUUGCCUCAUUUGUUGAAGAAUGAAGGAAGCCUUCAACCUUCUGUGCAGAUUGGCCUGGGACGAACAGGCGUUUCAAUUGUAAUGGGAAUUCCCACCGUGAAGAGAAAAGUAAAGUCUUAUCUUACAGAAACCCUUCACUCUCUUAUUGAUAAAUUGUCUCCAGAAGAGAAACUGGAUUGUGUUAUGGUUGUCUUCAUAGGAGAGACAGAUCUUGACUAUGUACACAGCGUUGUAGCAAGCCUGGAGAAAGAAUUUUCUACAGAAAUCAGUUCUGGCUUGGUGGAAAUAAUAUCCCCACCUGCGACUUACUAUCCUGACUUGACAAAUGUAAAAGAGACAUUUGGAGACUCAAAAGAAAGAGUCAGAUGGCGAACAAAGCAAAACUUGGACUAUUGUUUUCUUAUGAUGUAUGCCCAGAAAAAGGGCAUUUAUUAUAUUCAGCUUGAAGAUGACAUUGUUGUCAAGCAGAAUUAUUUCAGCACGAUAAAAAAUUUUGCACUUCAACUUUCUUCUGAAGAUUGGAUGAUUCUAGAAUUUUCUCAGCUGGGUUUCAUUGGUAAAAUGUUCCAAUCUCCAGAUAUCACUCUUAUUGUCGAGUUCAUAUUUAUGUUUUAUAAGGAGAAACCUAUUGAUUGGCUCUUAGAUCAUAUACUCUGGGUGAAAGUCUGCAACCCUGAAAAAGAUGCAAAACAUUGUGACAGACAGAAAUCUAAUCUACGAAUACGCUUCAGGCCUUCCCUUUUCCAACAUGUUGGACUGCACUCCUCCCUAGCAGGAAAGAUCCAGAAACUCACGGAUAAAGACUUCCUGAAACCAUUAUUACAUAAAAUUCAUGUGAAUCCACCCGCGGAAGUUUCUACAUCUUUAAAAGUCUACCAAGGACAUACACUGGAAAAAACCUAUAUGGGAGAGGAUUUUUUCUGGGCUGUUACACCCAUUGCGGGGGAUUAUAUCCUAUUUAAAUUUGACAAACCAGUCAACGUAGAAAGAUACUUGUUUCAUAGUGGCAAUCCAGAGCAUCCAGGAGAUAUUCUACUAAAUACUACAGUAGAGGUUCUGCCUUUUAAGAAUGAAGACUUGAUAUUAAGCAAAGAAACCAAAGACAAACGCUUGGAGGACGGUUAUUUCAGAAUAGGUAAAUUUGAAAGUGGUAUAGCAGAAGGGACAGUUGACCCAAGUCUAAACCCUAUUUCAUCAUUUCGGCUUUCGGUAAUACAAAACUCAGCAGUCUGGGCAAUUCUGAAUGAGAUUCACAUUAAAAAAGUCACAACCUGAUCAAAAUCUGUUUGGAAGAAAAGAGAGAAUCUUUGCAAACUUUUCCUAUAAUAUCCUACAUCUUUAACAAGUCACAAAUUGAAAAUACUGAGCAUGCACCUUAUUCCAAUUGUCUUUUAUUUUUCACUCGAACUCUACCUCUUGUGAAAUCUACUGUAGAUGAGAAGUUUGUAAGUAACCCUUCUUGUCAUAUCCAUCCAGAAACUGAUUCUCCACACUGAUAACAUUCAUCUGAGAUCCAAGUUGUCCUCCAUUUUUACAUGACUUUACCAUCUUAUGGUUGCAGAAGCCUGCUACUCUUAACCCAUACUAUUUUGAUAGUAUAGUAAUACGGAGAAGUUGUACAUAUUCUUACAUUUCUUGGAGAUGAAAAAAUAUAAUUAAAUUUUAUGAAGGGGGUACUUUUGGGGUUCCAUUUAUUUUCCUAUAACAAAACCCUCUUUUAUAGAUUAUCAGGAUAUAUUUAUAUCUAUAUCUAGAUAUAGAUAUAUAGAUAUAUAAAAACAUUAGGGAUAUUUAAUUUAUUAAAAUAAUUUGAAAAGUACAUAUUUUUAUGCAGUAAAAUUUUAAAUUGAUAUAGGUUUUUUUUAUGGAUCAUCUAACUUAAAUUAUCUUUCUACAUUUUUCUUUGCAACUGCAAACAACAUAAAAAAUUAAUACCAUAUUUCAACUAUACUGCCAUGGUUAAGAAAACUAAAUUGAGUUGCUAAAUUUUAAAGUACUUUUGUAUCACAAAAUCUGAAAGCUAUUGUUCAAAGCAUAAGCAUGCCUUAAUUGCCGGAGUUCUGAAGAACAUUAUUCUUGGGGGCUACCAUAUUCCACUGAUUACAAGGCAUAGCCACAUAAAAAGCAUGUUGAAGUAUCUUAAUAUUUCAGUAUAACGUAAAUGCUAAAUCUGCAGUGAUUUUAAGUUUAAUGCAUCACAUUUUAGAGGGAGAUUUCGAUACCGAGCUAUCCCUUUUUAAAACUUUGUAGACAGUUCCUAAACUGAAUGAAUUCAUUCACUGUAUAGAAAAGCAUUCCCUACUUUGUGCUGUAAAUUUUGAAUUUUGUCUCAUGUCCCCAGACAUACAAAUUCUGUUCAGUACUUUGAAUUACUACAAUCCUACAUGAUAUUUUUAUCAGCAAAAAAUAUAAAAAAAUAGUAAUUACUUGUAAUUAACCUCAUUAUAGGUCUCUCUUAAAAUGUUUUUAUUUCGGUGUUUACCUUAGGUAAACAUUGUGGUGGGUGAUUUUUUUUUUUUUUGAAGGGUGAGUCCUAUCCAACUUCCAUGGGAAUCAAUGGAAAGACUUCCAUUGACUUGAAUAGAAUCAAGCCUAAAGUCAGUUUCCUGCCUUUUGUGCUUCAAGGAAAAGAACAAUACUUGUGUAACUGAUGAGCAGCCCAGACAGACCGUGUGAGCUCUUUGUGCUGCUACAGCACUGUUCAUAACAUGUAAUGCCAUUCAACAGUUCAUUAAAAUCUAGUAGUUUUUUCAUCACAUCUCAGCAUAGAUCUGAGAAAUUAUUUGGGUUUAUUUUCCCCCCCAAUUUUACCUGCGACUGAUGUCAAUAAUUUAAAUUAUAGCUAUUUAUUAAAUUUUAUAUCAUGACUUAAUUUUUAAGUCAGAUAUAUGUUUCUGAACAAAACAAGCAAUGCCAACAAUGUUGUCUUAUCGUUCCAUGAAGUUAAAAUGAUUUAUAAUAAAUUUACCAGUACCAUUGUUAGGUGCCUUUCCUCUGAGCAGUGUCUUUUUAUGGGUUUAUUCUGUCAGCACAGUGUUCCUAAAGUAACAUUCAACAUAUAAGAAACUCCAAACAUCUCUAAAUGUGUAGAAACUCACCCCAAACUGAUCACACUUUUGUGUUGUUUCUUUGUGAGCUCUACCUUAUAUUUUUUCGAAUAACUUUUUUCUAGCAGUCAAAAUAUUGAACUGAAACUCGUCAAUUAUCAUCCAUUACCUCCUUUUUGAUAAACUGAUUUUUUUUAAACGGAUUAAUUUAUAUUCUAUUUUGUUGGAUCUUACUAGCAGGAGCCAGAAAUACCCUGGGAUGCUAUGAUAGAUUGCACUCUUACUAAAUGAAUGUGCCACAACAGUAGAAGUGAAUUUAUUAUAAAUCAUUUAGGGAGCAGAUAGGUUUUGUAGAUUCAGAAUCAAAUUCAGACCUGAUGUAAUCAGGUUCAACUCCGUUGAUUUCCUGAGAGUUUGUUCCUUAAAUUAGAAGAAGGUAGAGGUGGAGAAAAUGUAGCGUUUUUUUGUUGUUGUUAUUGUUUAAAGAAAAUUAUCUCUACAUACCAUUGUUUUAGACUCUAAAUUCUCAAAAAUUCUAAUUCACAAAUCACUCCAAAGUGGUCUGCUCUCCUUUUUGGAGAUCCACCUAUUUUAUGGCAGAAUAAGAGCAUUUCAAAUAUUGCUGGACAUUAGCCAGUUUGUGUAUUGCAUUCCUCCAUGCUUUAUGAUUAAUAGACACUCCAAAUAUACUUUAUGUGCAUUAUGUCAGCCAGAAACGAUAGUAUUUAACACACGAGCUCAUCUCAAUGUCUUGGAUUUACUAUAGAUUUUUAAAUCCUUAGGAUUUUUUUGUACGUUUUUCAUUUUCAGUGAACUUUAGGUCAGCCUUAAACACUCCUAUAUAGGAGAAUAAAACCUGUAGUAGCUUUACAAUAGUAACUAUUUCAGACUGAGUUGUAUUAGUUCCUUCUGAAGAUGUUAUAGCUUAAGGAAACGUAGGUCUUUUUUGGAGCAGCUGGCAUUUCCAGAUACCUUAAUUUUCUGAUCAAAUUGAGUUUAAAUCCCCAGAUUUGAUGCCAAUUAAAGCUUUUUCUUAAAAUACUACUGUUGUUUUUUUGUUUUUGUUUUUUUAAACAAUGAUCUUUAGCGGGGCCCACAGCAAUUGCAAAGAUUUGGCCUAUUCAUAACUAAAUCCUGUUUAGCUUACUAAGUGAAUAGUCCUGCUGAAGACUUUGUGUGUGAGUGAUGUAAGCAAGAUUUGGCCCCAUGUCAAAACAAUCCCCCCUCUGAAAAAGCUACUACAGGGCUUUCUGCUCUUUUAGGGUCCUAAACUUAAUUUAUUUGCAUUAAUUGAAAACUAUUUACAGUCAUAGGGAUAAAUGUAAUGAUUUUUUCCCUCCUCUAGCCAUGGUGGUUUGGCAAAGCUCAAGGCAGGUAUAGUAGUUAUGGACCAGAUUAGAAUUCUCACCCCAUCACUGCUUUUCUCAGCCUUUUAAAAAUUUAGAUUAGAAAAUCAUUAGGGUCCCUUGUGAAUCUGAGAUAAGAUACUGGCUAAAUUUAAGGCAGAAUGACUUUGUACUUCUGCCUUAUAAUAUGUAGUACGUAUACCUUUGAGUAUGUUGAGGGAUCAUGUUUAGUCUUUUGGCAAGACUAGACAAUUUUGUACUUUUUCCUUCAUUUUUUCCAUAAGCAAGUAUGAAAUCUCUUCAGUAAUUCCUUGAUUUUUUUGUUUGAAAUAUCUGCUCCAAAAGGAGUACAGUAUUAAUUUACAUCUUGUGCUUCUAAUCUGUGCUUUCCUCUGGAAACGAGAAUACAAAUUUAUUCUAAGACCAUUGUUUCAUGAAAUCAAGUAUUUGCUUAAGUUUUAGGUUUCUUCUUAACAAGGAUCCAUUUUGAAAUUGGACUAAAAUGAAAACUGUACUCAUUUUUAAAAGCACGGUUAUGCUUAUUCAUAUUUACAAACAUUACAGUUUAAUACUGAAAGGGUGUCAUACUGCUAUGCUGCUGUUUUUGGAAAUGGAAUUUGAUUGGUGUAAAUAUUGACACCAAGACUUUGUCAUUUUGUAUCAUGUUUCUUGAUUUCAGUGUUCUCUUGAGUGGGUUUUUUGUGAUUUCUACUGUAAGCAUUGAGCUAGAACUCUAGGUAGCUUAAUGUUGAGAACUAUGAAACUUUGUUUCAGGGGGACAAACUUUGAUAUCUUUACAUGACCGGCAGUCAUCCUACUCCCAUUAAUUUUAGUGGUGCAGGAUCAAGCUCCUAAUUGCAAAACAUCAUUACUGUUGACUUUAAUGGUAGCUGACAUGAUGAUCAUCACUGGUGCUAAACGUUCCUAUGAAGUAAGGAAGGGUUGCUUUUUUAAAAGUGUUAAUUGGUGGCUGCCUGCAGGUCAGGAGCUCUCACUUUGUGCCAGUGUACAGCAGGUCACAACAGAAAUUCCCAGCCUCCCCAGGAUCAAAGGUAUAGUGCUUUACUUGUUGAAAUGGUAAAUUUUUCUUUGUUGCUCAGUGUUUGCUGAGAUUUCAAUAGAUGACUUGGAGUGCAUUCUCUUCAAGCCUUAACAGUGGUGGAUACACUACUGUAAAAUGAACUGCCAGCAGAUUUGGUAUUUUAAGCUAAAUGUAGUUUUUUUUCUAGAAAUAUCAAAUUCUAGUAAUCAAAUAUUGAAGUCUUAUUGUAACUAGUUUGCUGUUUAAAAAUAUCCUUUUUGAAAUUAAAACCUGGUGCUUGAGUUUGAUACUGAGCACUGUUUUUGGAAAAUUGCCAUCUUCAUUUGCAGGGUUAUUUUUGAGGGGGGGUUGUCAGUUUGUACUCUUGCCUUGUGGAAUCUAGUACUGUUAGAUCCUGAAACAUUCUUUUCUGGCAAAACUUAUUCUGUACGUUUCCCCAUCUUUUCAUUAACCAACCCCUGCUGUAAUAGAUUUUUAUAAAUUGGCUAGAUUUGUUUAAAACUUGCUGCUAUAUUUGAAAACCUGAUAUGGGUCAUGUCAACUGUGCCUUUCAUCAAUGUUUAUGUACCACAGCUAUCCAUGUAUAUUUGAAAUAAAGGCUUAAAAAAAAAUCUGUUCUGUAGUUCUUACAUAAGCUGAGAGAGAAUACUUCUGUCCCUAAGAGACCCAAUAUGUUGCAUUAACAAUGUAGCAAUAUUUUAAGGUGUUGAGUCCAAACUGUCAAAAGGCAUGUUAAAUAGGGAUUGAAUACGGUACUUUAAAUGCCAUGUCUCAGAGCCACUACAGCAACUGCUCUUCAGUUAAGAAGUGACACGCACAGGUGCAGGGCUGAAGCACUCAGAGGGAAAAAUUAGUGGGUGCUCUGCACCCACCACCAACCAAGCU